AGCAAGCACCUAAAAAAAAGAACUUGAAAACUACAUGUGGGCUCGUUCUUCUAAUGUGACUUGAACCCGGUUGCCACUAGUCCGCACCACAAUUGGCCGUCACCUUCCGCUUGUUGCCCUCCUUCGCCUCUGCAAUUCUCUCGAAACCUAGAAGCCAUAUAUCUCUCCCGCUUGCACUGUCGGUCUCUUCCCAAGCGAUCGCUAUCUACUUAGCUCUCGCUCGUGGCCUCUCUUUGUGACCUUGGAUUUCUGGUUUUGAUAACCGUGCAAUUUUUGUUGUGCUUGACAACGAUGGCGGACGGAAAUCUCAAUCUUCCGGACGAUCUCAUCUCCACCAACUCUCCUGAUGAACGCUUUUCCGUUAAAGGUGAAGCCUGGGAAGGAAAUGGUGAGGACAAGGCUAUGGGUUUGCUUGAUGAGUCCAAAGAUCAAGUGACUUCAGAGAGCAGCAUACCUCUUUCUCCACAAUGGCUUUAUGCUAAGCCAGUCGAUUAUAAGAUGUUAGCUAGUGGAACAACUGGGGACACACGUUCACCAAAUGCUUUGUCACAUGGAAACCUUGCCGACUCCAAUUUGAAAGACAACUGGCAUUUAGAUGGAUCUCAGGAAAAGAAAGACUGGCGGAGGGCUUCCACAGAGGUCGACAGCAGUCGUCGCUGGCGUGAGGAAGAGAGAGAAACGGGCCCGCUUGGUAGAAAUCGCAAAAAAGAUGAUCACCGUGUUGAUUCCAUGUCAGCUAGGGAUAACUCUGAGAACAGAGUCAUGUCUUCAGAUCGUUGGCAUGACAUUGCUAACCGCAAUUCUGGCCAUGAAUCCCGGCGAGACAGCAAGUGGUCAUCAAGGUGGGGCCCAGAAGAAAAAGAGAAGGAUAUUCGAACUGAUAAGAGGACAGAUGCGGAAAAGGAAGAUACUCACAGUGACAGACAAUCUUUUGUCAGCAACAGCCGGUUAGCUUCUGAACGUGAGAAUGAAUCUCGUGACAAGUGGAGGCCUCGCCAUCGCAUGGAAGUUAAUGCGGUUGGCUCUGCUGCUUAUCGUACUGCAUCAGCUUUUGGCUUGGAGAGAGGACGAGUGGAGGGCUCUAGCAUGCGUUUUGCUCCUGGAAGAGGAAGAGCUACUGGUAAUGGAAGCGUGCAAAUUGGCAGGCCUCCCUGUGCUCCUGCUAUUGGGUCUCUUCUUUCGGUUAAUAAUGGCAAGUACUGCUAUCCAAGGGGAAAACUUCUAGAUAUAUAUCGUAAUCAGAAGUCUGCUACAAAUUUUCAUGCUAUACCUGAAGGGAUGGAGCAUUUAUCUCCACCAACCCAAGUAGACGUUGUUAAGCCAUUGGCUUUUGUUGUUCCCGAUAUAGAAGAAGAGUCUGUCCUUGGAGAGAUAUGGUUCGGAAGAAUUACAAGCAGUGGGGUUUUUCGGGAAUCGCUCAGGGACAAGUAUAACAUAUCAAAUGAUAAUAUUACAGGCAUUAAUGAUGUUAGAUUAGCUGAGGAGAAUCAGAUUUCCAUGACUGAUGCUGAUGAAACUCUAGAUUUUUCAGACAAGGCCGGUGUAAAUAGGUCCUGCAAAGGUGAUGUUGAUGCAUCUCAUGUGUCUGGUACUCGGAUUGUUAUGUCUGAAGAGAGGGAUGCAUUUAAUGAAGAACAGAAAAUCUUGGCAGCAGUUAGUGUGGCUCCAAAUGAUGUCUCUAACAAUGCAAGAGAGAGUGGGCCUGGAAACAGUGUUCAUGAACUCAAGGUCUCUGGAAAAGAAAAAGAUGCAGAUAUGGAUUUUUCAGCUAACUCUAAGUUGGCAGAUAUUGAUGCUCCUACUUCUUUUGAAAUUGGUAGCCAGCUUCCUAAUGAUUCAAAUUCUCUAUUUGACUUUUCAACUCUGCAUCAAAAUCGGAGUGAUGACCCACUCCAUGUAAGGAGCAGUGAUGAAGCACAUUCAUUAGAAAGUGGGAUCCCGCCAGAGGAGUUAAGUCUGUACUAUCUUGAUCCGCAAGGCAAUGUACAGGGACCAUACUUGGGUAUUGACAUCAUUACAUGGUUUGAGCAAGGCUAUUUUGGAAUUGACCUACUAGUCUGUUUGUCUGAUGGCCCUGAGCAAUUGUGUUUUCAAGAACUUGGUGAGGUCAUGCCGCAUUUGAAAGUCAAAUCUGGGUCUGCUUCCAAUGCUGAUUUAGCGACUAGGCGAACUCUGUCUGAUGUUGUGGGAGGCAAUUUGGAGGGAAGUGCACUGCAUCCUGCUUCUGCUUCUGACUUUAAGGGGUUGGAUUAUCCAGAAAACCAGCAUUGGUCUUCAUCUGGAUGUGAUGUGAUGUCAAGUGUUAGUGGUCAGUCUCGAGUACCUGACCACAGUUAUCGCACUGAUGUCCAUUAUGAUCAAAGCUUCAAAAAUUUUGUUGCUCAAGAUGAAGAGAUUGUUUUUCCUGGAAGUAGUACUGGUAUUCCCUUGAUGGGACCCGAUAACAGGCAUGGUUCAGUUUCCAAUCUCGCUGGUCACCCUUCCCUUGGGACUAAAUUUUCGGAAACUAGCUUGCCUCAACAUCAGGAUGAUAUGUUGCAUCCAUUUGGUCUGCCAUUGUCUGAACUCAGGAUCAAUUCUCAUUUGAUGGGUUGUCAGUCAUCAAAUAUCGUUACUGGUGUGGGUGAACAGGGUCACAGGAGAGAUUCUUUCUUUGAGAAAGACACUGGUUUUACUAGUCACAGGUCUUUUGGUGCGAUGGCUGACCAAAUUCCACUUGUAGGGACGCGGUCUAGUAAUUAUAGGAACAAACCAUUUUCUGGCCCAAACAUAAAUUCUGGGCCAAUAGAUGCCCAACACUUUUCUCACGGGGAACAAGAGUGCAACGAUUUUGACUUUGCAAAGCACUUGAUGAUUCAGAAAUUGCAGAAGGAACAACUUCAGCCACAUGAUCUUUUAUCUUCUCAUCCUUUUGCACAAACGUCUGGGUUGGAGGCAGAUCAGAUUCCAGGUUUUACUCCUCAGAGCAAGCUUCCUAAUGUUCAGUCUCUGGUCCAUAAUCAAUUUCCAAAUAUGGACCGGCUUUUGGAACUUGAGCAUCAACAGCAGCGGCAACUUGAGCUUCAACAGCAGCGGCGGCAAUUUGAGCUUCAGCAACAGCGGCAGCAAUUUGAGCUUCAGCAGCAGCGGCAAUUUGAGCUUCAACAACAGCAGAGGCUAAUGCUGAUGCAGCAGCAACAGCGACAAUCACAUGAGCAACUCCGUCACAACCAAAUAAAAUUACUGCAGCAACAACAACAGCAACAGCAGUCUCAAGUUCAGCAAUUGCUUUUUGAACAAAUGCUGCAGAAUCAGAUGUCUGAUUUUGUUGAUGGGCAGCCAAAUGUGGACCCUGUGAAAGAUAACUUUCUAGAUCAGCCUCAGUUGAGGAUGCUACUCCUGCGUGAACUGGAACAGAAUUCUCAUACUUCAAGGCAUUUUGAUCCAUCAUUGGAGCAGAUACUCCAAGCAGACAUUAGUCAAAAUGCACUUCGGGAACAGGAGGCUCAUUAUUUGGACCUCCUAUCACAAGUGAAGCAUGGUGACAUGCAUCCCUCAGAACAUGAAAUUCGUUUACGGCAGCAACAGUUGCAGGCCCAGCAUUUAUCUAUGGCACUGAGGCAGCAAUUGGGAAUGGAGGGGGGAAGGCAUGUUGGUGGGCCAUGGUCGGUUGACGAAACUGGUCAGUUUCAGGGGGAUCCUGCUGGUAGUCAUCAUUCUUUUUCUGCAGGAAUCAAUACUUUGGAUUUUUAUCCGCAACGGCAGAGGCGUCCUUCUCAUGAAGAGCAAUUGGGCCACCUUAACAUACAAAAGCAUCAUCAGCGUGGGUUUUAUGAGCCUAACCCUCAAGCGUUUGAGAGGUCAAUUUCUCUUCCCAAUGUUAAUUCAGGGAUGAAGUUGGACAAUGCAAAUGCAUCUGCCCAAGGUCUAGAUUUAGAACAUUUAUAUAUGCACUCUGCUGACCAGUUGAGUUCUUUCUCUUCUGGUGCAUCAGCUGUUGGUCGACAAGUUCUUGAUGACUUUCGUGGUUCUCAUCCGCAAGCUAUGGCGAUGCACCUCUCUGGAAAUAAUAGGCAACUAGACAAUAGCUCGAUUGAAGGAAGGAUGCAACAAUUGCAUCUUGAAGCUGAGAGGCAAAGAAAAUUUCCAGACGGUACCAUAAUUUCUCCUGAUUUAGAUAUGUGGGGGUUGGCUGGAACUCACGAGGAAAAUUCCAAGCAAGCUUUGAUGGACCUUCACCAGAAAUUGGGUGUUCAGUCUAUGCAAUCAUCGGAAGUUGAUCCUGAACACGCUUUAUUAUCUUCUGAUGCCAGGGAAAUCCUUAAGCCAAUUUCUGAGUCAUUUUCAUCAAGUGUACCUUUUAAUCGUUUCCCAGGUAAAGAAGCUAGCAUGAAUAACUCAUAUGUAGAAGGGCUUCAGAAUUCUUUCUCCCGUGUUUCUUUGCAAGAUCGUUUGGUCUUUGAGGCAAUGAAUAGACAAUUUAACCAUCAGGGAAACAGUGAAGAGUUUCCUAUCAGAUCGAAUUCUGCAGCAUUAUUAGAAGAGUCGUUCUUGUCAGGUGAUAGUGAUAUGACUGGGAGAGACAUCGUAGAGCGAGAGGGAAAGGGGAAGAGGAAUGGUUCUCAAGGCAUAACUGCAAUGAACAGGUCAUUUUCGGAGAGAGGAGACGACUUGGUGGCAGUAGCGGAUGGUGCCAUGGAUUUUCGAGAGUUACCUAUUAAUGCCCAUAGCAGGCAUAGUUCAAUAAGUAGUGCUGGUGGAAAUGGAAGCUUGUACAGCUAUGAUAUGGGAUUGGAUAAAUCAGUUGAAGAGGAAGUUUUCAAUGACAGACAGUCGUCAAUUUUGAGCAAGGGGCUUGCUUCACAUGGACGCCCUCCUGUAUCUCGGGCUCUGUCUUCACAAGACGUUUCAUCAGAGCCGGCUUCUUCCUCACUGAUUAAGCUGAAAAAUUCGAACAAUAUUGCAACUUCAGAUGAUGUGAAUCGUGAGUCUACUGGGAAUUCGGCAGCUGUCAAAAAUGCUCGAACACAGGCAUCUGGCAAUAGAGAGGUUCGUUUCCAGAGGACUUCAUCUUGCAGUGAUGCUGUUGUAUCAGAGACAUCAUUCAUUGAUAUGCUUAAGAAACCAGUUCCUUCAGAGGCCGAUCCAUUAAAUGCUGCUGCGAUGGAUUCUUCCGAUGGAGGUGCAGUUGCAGGUAAGAGUGGCAAAAGGAAAGGGAAAAAAGGGAGGCAAAUAGACCCUGCUCUCCUUGGCUUCAAGGUCUCCAGCAACCGGAUCCUGAUGGGUGAAAUCCAACGCCUUGAUGAUUAAACCGAAUGGCAUAUGGUGUAAAUCUUUUGUAAAUUGUAAUCCAAUUUUGUAGAUUAGUAAAAGUAACCUUCUGUACAGAUCAACUGUAAACCGAAGUUUUGAAAUUCCUUCAUUCUUUCAUGUAAUUGUUUUCAGGA